AUUAAAUAAAAUGAAAUAAAUUACGAACUAAAAAGAUUUUUAUUCGCUUUGAUCCCUUUGUUCGCUUAUUCAUAGAAACUGGUUCUGAGCUACUUUCACUUAAAAUACCCUAAAUUUGAAAGCCAUCUCUGAAUCAAGUUGUAACAUGUCUCUGAGUUUUGGUGAAACCCCGCCGGAUAACAAGAAAUUCUUACGAGAAUUUCUCUCACACCUCUACUUGGAAUGUAUGGUGCGCUAUAAAAACGAUACAUUUAUAGGAAAUGCAGUAAAUGAAACGGAGGAAAACACGAUCGAUAUUUUGACCGAAGUACCGAUUUAUCUAGAGGAAGCCGUCCUUAAUCAAGGCUCUAUCGAUUGGGCAAACCUAAACGAAGAGACAUCCAAAUUGCAAGAAUUAUACGCAACCAUAAGCUCAAUGACUGUUGCACCUGAUAUCAGCGAUAUUACGAAUAAUAGCUUUGGCGAAAUCUCAUCGACUUCUUUCUACGAAGAGAGUGAUGACGAUAAAGUUCAUUGUCCUGUGCGUUUCGAUGGCUAUUUAUGCUGGCCCCGUACACCGGGCGGUAGGAUUUUAAGCCAGUAUUGUCCUGAUUUUGUCGAAGGAUUCAAUAGUAAAUUUUUAGCUCAUAAAAUUUGCUUGGAAAAUGGCAGUUGGUAUCGCCAUCCGGAAAGUGGUCUUGAGUGGUCUAACUAUACUAAUUGCAUAGAUUAUGAUGAUCUAGCGUUCCGUCGUUUGGUUAAUGAGUUAUAUGUGAAAGGUUACUCGGUAUCCUGCGUAGCCUUGUGCUUGUCUUUGAUCAUAUUUCUAGGUUUUAAGUCACUACGUUGCACUCGCAUACGUAUUCAUGUUCAUUUGUUUGCUUCGUUGGCCCUCACCUGUAUUGUCUGGAUUCUGUGGUAUAAGUGUAUUAUUGAACAACCCGAGAUGAUUUAUCGUUAUCCGUUACAGUGCAUUAGCCUACAUUUAUUAAUACAUUAUUUCAUGUUGGUUAACUACUUUUGGAUGUUUUGUGAAGGGUUGCAUUUGCAUUUAGUAUUAGUGGUGGUUUUUGUCAAAGACGCUAUAGUUAUGCGUUGGUUUAAAAUUUACUCUUGGUUAGUACCAUGGAUUUUUAUAACCGUUUAUGCCGUGGCUAGAUAUUUUCAUCCUACCGACAAUGCGCACUGCUGGAUGGAUGAAAGUUUAUUGCUAUGGAUAUUUUCCGUACCCAUAACCCUAUCAUUAAUUGCUAGCCUUUUUUUUCUUAUUAACGUGUUGCGCGUAAUAGUGCGCAAAUUGCAUCCACAAUCGUCGCAACCAGCCCCUUUGGCCAUACGUAAGGCUUUACGUGCCACCAUUAUAUUGGUGCCCUUGUUUGGUUUACAGCAUUUUCUAAUACCGUAUCGUCCGGACGCGGGUACACCUUUGGAACGCUUCUACCAGCUAUUGUCGGUUGCAUUGAUUAGUUCGCAAGGAUUUGUCGUAUCCUUUUUGUUUUGUUUUGCCAAUCACGACGUCACUUUUGCUGUUCGCACUUUAUUAAAUCGCAUAGUUCCGGGAUUAGUGUCGCCACCACCGCCCAGCAGCAAUACCGGACAAUUGGCCACCACUACACCCAGUCGAGAAUUGGGCGUUUAAAUGCUUAUAUGUAGAACAAAAACAUAACUGCAUAAAUUGCAAAAGCAAACAAAAGCGAAAAUAUUUUAUACAAAAAAGGAAUAAAUAAAUCGUAUAUAUACAUAUAUGUGUACCUUGACUCCCUUUGACUUACUGAUUUAAUUCCCUUUCUUAUAUUCAUAUUUGAUAAAUGCCUGCAAAUAAAAUUUUAAAAUUUUCCAUUUCACAACUACCACUGCUACUACGAAAUUUUCUGUUUUUCAUUUUUUUUUUUUUUUUUUUUUAAGGUUUUAUGCGUAGUAAUCGUAACGUAAACGAGACGGAACGUUUAAAGUUAGAGCAAGCGACGUGACAAUCACUUGGCUACGCUUAUACACUUAGCUAUAUAGGUGUGAAUCAGAGCAAAUAUCGGAACGUUGAUCUUGAUUUGUAUUUUUAAUUGGACGGCUUCGUCUCUGUUUCAAAAUAAUUUCAAAUAGCAAAGAUUGAUGAAUAUAAAGUUGUAAUGAAUUUUCAAAUACUAGAUGAUGAGAGAGACUUGUCCAGCAGUCAAGUUUUUUAACGCUCUUAUCAACUUUGCCGGAAUUUGUCCGUAUGCCGCCACCUUGCUAUCGGGACUGUUCGUUUCUUAACCGCGCUGUCCAUCUCUGAACCAUUGAACAUACAAAAGUGUUUCCUGGCACUCGUCGAACGUACCCUUCUCUUAAGGUCGCCUGCAAAAUUGCCACUUUAGAUAAGAAAAUAAAGAGUUUCUCGAACACUCGACAACUUUUUCUCUAGACCCUCAAUAUACGCUUCAAUUUUCACAGCGAUACCAUUAUUUGAUUUAAAUCGUUUUUCCUGGCGUAUGAGUUCAAUAUUUAUUAACGGCUAGUAGCUCAAGAUAAACGCUCG